AUGGGUCAGAGCAACCACGGCGCUACGCCUGAUUCCAAGGGCAAAGAAAGGGAAGCCCCGUCUGGCUCUUCCUCGGCGUCGAAGCACAGCGAGGGUGAUGGUGACGGCACUCAAGAACCAAAUCACUCAUCCAGUGAUGCGUCAUUGAUUGGCCGCAUCACCACCUCGGCAGCCAGUCUUUCUCGAGUCGCUUUUUCGAAUCAACCCGAGCAUCUUUCCAGUGGGGGCUCUGGGAAAGCAAUGUCCGGGACGACGUCCGCGUCUGCCCAACAAGGCGAGACGGCAACCUACCGCCAUACCACUGGUCCUGGACCCGGUGUUGGGCAGGCAUUCGCUCACCAGCGGCAUCCACUUACUACGGGGGAAGCUCAUUACAAUGAGUUCCUGGGCAGUCAGGACAACUUGCAAUCUCGAGGGCCUUCGCAACCAGAAACUGCGCUGCAACACCAACGCGGAGCCUCAUCUGCCAUCGGCCAACAAGAGGGUCAAGAUGGCCAACAAGUUGCAGAUCUUCUCAAUAUGCCCGGUGAGGACUACGAGGGCAUCGACGACAGUAUCCAGCCAUUUUUGUCACCGCAGGAGGAGGAGUCGUUGAGAGAAGCACUCUUUGGACGACACAACGGGGAGCGGGUCGGCUCCAAUUGGGCCGUCCUUCUCGACUUCAGACCAGACUUCUUGUGGGGGAAUAGCGCAGCAGAAAUUCAGCACCAUUUUGGCAAUGUCGAGCCGCAGCGCGCAAGAGAGCUAUGGAUGGACGGCUGGAACGAGGUGCUCACGAGCUACACCGACGAGGUCUGGGGUGACCUGGGCUCCCUCGCACGGGAGGCGCAGAAAGAACUCGAGGGAGCGCGGGAAUAUGUCGCAAAUCCGACUUCGGUUCCGACUCCGACUCCGACCCCGACCCGGACCCCGACCGCCGCUUACCUGGCCGGUGGAGCUUUGUUGUCCAGGCGUCAAGAUUGCCCUGCUGGCACCAACUUAUGCUCGAGUUCUCUGGGCGAAGACUUUGACGGCAUCUGUUGCGCAUCGGGUCAGGUCUGCGGCUAUGACGACAGCAACAGGCCCGCUUGCUGCCCUUCCGGAGCCGUCUGCACCGGAACAGCCCCGACAACAGCUCCCGCCGCUCCUACGGCUGUCUCUUACGUACCGAAUCAAUACUUCCCGUUCCCCUUCAUCGCAAUGUCUCUCGACCGGGGUGAAUGCUCCGACGCCGUCCAGCAAUGCUCCCGGAACUACGAAAGCUGCGUCACCCAGCUGAACGGUGAUGCAGGUUUCGGUGUCACCGUCGCUGUUCCCGGCGGAGGCGGAACCACCGUGGCCGCCACCCGGCCGGACGUGGGAACCUCUGCUACUCCGAUUUGUUCCAGUCUCAGUUCGCAGGCCUGUCAUGGCAUCAACAAUGACCAAUGCUCACAGACAACGACUGUGAGCGGUGUCUUCAUCAACGCCGCAGCGCGUCCCACCGCAGCUUGCAUAGCGAGCAUUGCUGCUGGUGUGGGCAUCGUCAUGUUUGGCGCUAUGCGAUGA